UCCUCCUCCCCCGCCCCGCACCGCACCACCACCCCGCGCCAUGGCCACAGCCGCGGCCUGCGCCUCCUCCCUCCUCGCGCCGCCCUCCGCCGCGUGCGCCGGCCCGGCGGCCGCCUCCAGCGCGCUCUUCCCCACCUCCGUCCCCUCGCUGCGCGCCUACCCGCGGCUCCUCCUCGCCUUCCGCCGCCCCGCCGCCGCCGCCGUCGCCGACCCGCAGGGCGCCGCCGUGCUCGAGGACGACGAGCCCGCCGAGGACGACGAGGCGCCCGUCCAGUUCGACGACGUCAACGACGAUUACGAGGACGGCUACGGCGGCCGCGGCCCCGCCUUCACCGCCCCCACCCGCCCGCGCACCGGCAAGGCCGCCCUCCCGCUCAAGCGCGACCGCACGCGGUCCAAGAGGUACCUGGAGAUACAGAAGCUGAGGGAGAGCAAGAAGGAGUACGACGUGCCCGCCGCGCUCUCCCUCAUGAAGCAGGUCGCCAACACCCGCUUCGUCGAGUCCGCGGAGGCGCAUUUCAGGAUGAACCUCGACCCAAAGUACAACGACCAGCAGCUCCGAGCCACGGUCAAUUUGCCCAAGGGGACGGGACAGACCGUGAAGAUUGCAGUUCUCACCCAAGGUGAGAAGAUAGAUGAAGCGAGAGCAGCAGGAGCUGAUAUUGUCGGCUCAGAUGACUUGAUUGAGCAAAUAAAAGGAGGAUUCAUGGAGUUUGACAAAUUGAUUGCAUCACCUGAUAUGAUGCCUAAGGUUGCCAGUUUGGGUAAGAUUCUAGGACCAAGAGGAUUGAUGCCUAACCCCAAAGCUGGUACUGUUUCUCCAAACAUUACUCAGGCUAUCGAUGAGUUCAAGAAAGGUAAAGUUGAAUUCAGAGUUGACAAGACAGGGAUUGCUCACAUUCCUUUCGGCAAGGUUAACUUCCCUGAAGAAGACCUUAUUGCAAACUUCAUGGCUGUUGUUCGCUCUAUUGAGAGGAACAAGCCAUCUGGUGCAAAGGGGAUAUACUGGAAAACAGCAUAUGUAUGCUCAUCCAUGGGACCUUCAAUCAAGCUAAACAUAAAAGAAAUGCUCGACUAUGGCGCUGAUUCAUCUAACUAGAUGUCACCACAAGCACCCGUUAAGUCAUCUGGCAUUUGCUACCAACUUCGCAGACUUGACCAUCCAUCCCUUGUGAUAAAAACACCGAGAAACACGGUAGUGGGGGGAGACCGGGAGGUGCUUAGGUACAGUUUUUUUAGUUUCACGGGCAUCCAACAUCAGCAGUUAAAACACUACCCUGAUCGACAAACAAGGCUAUUGUUGGUGGGUUGUAUUUAUGAGUGAAUUAUGAGUACACUAUAGAUUUCUGUUUCUCUGAGAUGUUUGCUGUAAUGUUCAUUAUUUUGUCAAUAGUCAUCCUUGAGCUUAAGCCAAUAUUUUGAUUUCA